AAGGACGUUAAGGCUCGGAGGCUACCACGUUCUUCUUCUGACUUUCUACGCCCCAUCUCCUCCGAAACCUCUCGACGCUCUCCUCCUUUCUCUCUUUCCCCGCGAAUUUUUCCUCAAUUCGCAUCAUUUACUGAUCCAUCCGAUCCUCAUCUGAAAGAUACGAUGGCGGGACAAUGGCAAAUGAAUCGAGACGAAGAUGUGAAUCCGAACGAUUCCGAUCCCCUUCUCAAGAAGAAGGUGGAGAGCGCGGAAUCGUCUAAUGGGAGCUCGGGUGAGAUAAAGGACGAGGAAAUCGAGGCUUCUUCGGCGGUGUGUUGCCGUAUUUGCCUAGAACAUGAUUCGGAUGCAGGCGAUGAGUUAAUAUCCCCCUGCAUGUGUAAAGGUACUCAGCAGUUUGUACACCGCUCAUGCCUUGAUCAUUGGCGAUCAGUGAAGGAAAGGUUUGCAUUCUCACACUGCACGACAUGCAAGGCACAGUUCCAUCUUCGAGUAGAACUGCUGGAAGAUUAUUCGUGGCGUAAAAUUAAGUUUCGCAUCUUCGUUGCUAGAGAUGUUCUCCUUGUAUUCCUUGCUGUACAAACUGUCAUUGCUACCAUUGGUGGUUUUGCGUACUUCUUAGACAGAAAUGGAAACUUCAGAAAUAGUUUCACUGAUGGUUGGGACCACAUACUCUCAAAGCAUCCUAUACCCUUCUACUACUGCAUAGGGGUGGUGGUUUUCUUUGUGCUGCUUGGGUUUUUCGGGCUCAUAUUGCACUGCUCGUCUUUCAAUAACAACGAUCCAUGCAUGGCUGGAUGCCGCAACUGCUGCUAUGGGUGGGGCAUUCUUGACUGCUUCCCCGCUUCCAUGGAGGCUUGCUUUGCCCUAGUUGUUAUCUUUGUCAUAAUUUUUGCCAUCCUUGGAAUUGCCUAUGGUUUUCUCGCGGCAACUAUGGCCAUUCAAAGGAUCUGGCAGAGGCAUUAUCAUAUCCUGACCAAAAGGGAGCUCACAAAGGAAUAUGUGGUCGAGGACCUCCAUGGUUGUUACACGCCGCCAAAGUUGGAUACGGAGCAUGAAGAACGUCUGAAAAUGCUGAAACUUCUGUAAGGAUAAUUGGGUUGAAUAUGUACAUUCACUUUUCAAGUCGAAAAGCGUAGUGCUACGCACUGUAAAUGUUGCAUCAACAACCUACUAUUAAAAUUGCAAUUUCUGGGUGUCGUUUCCCUUUCAGCUUUUCGUUGUCAAAUAACCUCGUUGGGCAUAAUAUACUAAACAAACGAUGUACCAAACUGCUUCUGUGGGUAAUAUCCAGCUGCUUAAAGCACUCUGAAUUUGGGAAUUUACCCAAGGUUUACAUUAAGCCUUUCGGGUCACCCCCAACCUUUGCUGCGUCAAUGUGGGCAAGUAAUCAAGUAGUUACUUGGCCUAACGUUUGUUAUGGCAAAUACUCCUGGAAUGUUACUAUUGUUUAACUGCAUGGUUUGUUAUAAAUUAUGUUGUACCAUGACAACGCCUCUCGUGUUUCAGAUUCUUGAGGUGGAAAUA